AUGAGUCGUCGACAAGACCACCACCAGCGCCACUACGGACAAACUUACAACACAGAGAGUUCUAGGAACUGGAGCGAGGAAGCUGUCCGAGGCAGCUGGGAUUCCAACUACCAGAGAACUACAUCAGCCAACACAUCACCAAGAGACCAAUCUCAAGCCUGGAGGAGACCAAGUCCCCAAGCCUACGAUAGACGCCAGACAAUGGUUAACCAAUGGCUCGGUCAACAAUACAGCCAUGAUCCUUCAAAUGUCGUGGAUGCUGUUUCUGAUCUCACAACUCCUACGACAUCUCCAGCCUUCAGCGACUCUCCCACAUUUCCCUCUCGAACUCAGGAAGCACCUCCAUAUCAGACACAUGCUGUGGCCAAUGACUUUCUCGCACCACCUUCAAGAACUUCUAUCCCUCACCGACCGUAUGAUAACCACUAUCAAAAUGCCCCCCCGACUUCCUCUCGAGGUUCUACAUCUUACCGCCUUGAUAACAGAUCCGUGGAUUAUCGACACAUGGAGCCUAGGUCAGCGGAGCAAGACCUUCGAGGAGUUGGUUCUUUUGCUGACAAUGAUCGCUCACGCCGAGAAGUCAAGUAUAAACCACUCAGCAAUUGGUUUGGCCUCUGGCUACCCCCUCAAGAAUGA